AUGUUUACUCAAUGGAGCAGCCGGAAGCGGGAGCGAGACGACAAUGACGAGACUAUAACACCCGGAUUCAACGAGCAUCGUGCAAAACGACGGAUAUCUGCUCUACCUCACCGUCCAUCACCGAAGGUUAUUCAUAAUGUCUUGCCGAACUUUUCUUGGGGAGACAAUUACACUUCACAACCUGCUCCGCCGAAUAUCACACCGGCACACUCGGACUCUGAAGAAGUUGCUGCAUCGGCAGAGCCUAGAUCUUUCUUCUCACACUACUCCUCUCCGUCGAAUACGAUAACGCAGGAUGGCGCCCCAUCCCCGUUCGUGAGUAGCUACGAUACUCAGCAGAGCACCCAAUCUACACAAAUGUCCGACGCAGUCAUGUACUCUGAUGAUCUUGAGAUGUUGGAUGCGGUCCACUUGUCUCCAGGCUUUCACCAGAGCGAUCCUCCUCCAAGCAUAUCUGGUCGAAUCCCUACCCCAAUUCACAGCUCUUUUGCUCCAUUCGUACGGAGUGAGAAGGUGACCGUCAAUCGGGCACUCGAUUUCAAAGACGAUGAGGGUUUGGUCGACAGAUUCCGUUCGGGCCGAAGGUUACCUAGUCCUAUCAGUGAAGGGGAGACCAGCCCAAGCGUGAUUGUGGCAGGAUUUUCAGGCAUGCAGAUGGAUGCCGAGUCUUCUUCACAGCCGGACCCGGAAAAGGAGACACCCACGAAGAAGGGACAUACUCGGUCAAAGCACAGUCUCAGAAACUGGACAGGCUAUGGCUCUGAGCUUCCUGGCGGUGGUGGAAUGAAGAGAAGUUUUAGCAUGGGAUACCGAGCUGACUGUGAGAAAUGCCGGAUGAAGGUCCCUGGACAUUUCAGUCACAUCAUCACGUACUGA